GGGUCGAGUGCCAGCAUGCCAUAGCUCAUAGACAACGUCGUCACCCCCUACUUGUACUUGACUUGAAAUCCUCGAACCUCGCACCUCUGAAUUCAAUGUCUGCUACGCUAUUGUCGGAGGAGACCACAAAGAAACAAAACUCGCAACUUCUUGUUCUGAAACAUGGUCAAAACCGGGUAAUGGUUAAACGGCGAAGGUCGUAUGAUGUGGGCGGAACAACCAUUUAAAUCUUUGAUGGCUCAUAGAUAUCAUAAGCUCAUGCUUGAAUCUGCCUGUAAAUGUUUCCCAGGCAUUCCGAGAGAUGUAGUCACGUUGCAGACAAAUGAACUCGAUGUCUGCGAAGGUCACUAUGUGGACAUCACGGCUGAAAUAUGGGACGAUGUCAUUGACUUGCUCAACGUCAUCGAGGUGACUCGGUGUGAGGGAAUGACAUCGCCCGUCCCACUGCCGCUUGGUGCUCGUCAUUGUAUCUCAUCGCCUGAUAAUCAAUCGACGCCAAGUCGGGUUAACAAACAGGACAGCUCGAAUGAUGGUAAAGUCACAAUCAAACCUUGUUUCUCCAUCUGGCGAGAUUCAGACUACUAGAGUCUCGAGGGAAAUGCGGGUGGACAAACUUAUUGCUGAUGGUUGUAAGACAUUGGGACAUCCCACUGAUUUCAUGGCAAUUCAGUCCGUGGGUGGAGGUAUGGGUGGGGUAUUCAUGAAAGAGAACCGG